GUCAGUUUCCUCGGCGGCGGGAGGCGAGAGCACCUAGAGCUCAGAGAGCGCGGGGGCUCCCGGAGACGGCGGCGGCGACGCGGACCCAGCCAGGGCGCGGCGGAUCUCCUAUUCGCACGCAGAGCACUCGGUGCCCCAAGCCGGAUCACGAUGCUGCCCAGCUUGGCACUGCUCCUGCUGGCCGCCUGGACGGUUCGGGCGCUGGAGGUGCCCACUGAUGGCAAUGCCGGGCUGCUGGCAGAACCUCAGAUCGCCAUGUUCUGCGGCAAACUCAACAUGCACAUGAAUGUGCAGAAUGGAAAGUGGGAGUCAGACCCAUCAGGAACCAAAACGUGCAUCGGCACCAAGGAGGGCAUCCUGCAGUACUGCCAAGAGGUCUACCCUGAGCUGCAGAUCACAAACGUGGUGGAAGCCAACCAGCCAGUGACCAUCCAGAACUGGUGCAAGCGAGGCCGCAAACAGUGCAAGACCCACACCCACAUCGUGAUUCCCUACCGCUGCUUAGUUGGUGAGUUUGUGAGCGAUGCUCUUCUGGUUCCCGACAAGUGCAAGUUCCUACACCAGGAGCGGAUGGACGUUUGUGAGACCCAUCUACACUGGCACACCGUCGCCAAAGAGACGUGCAGCGAGAAGAGCACCAACUUGCAUGACUAUGGCAUGCUGCUGCCCUGCGGCAUCGACAAGUUCCGAGGCGUGGAGUUUGUAUGCUGCCCGUUGGCUGAGGAAAGCGACAAUGUCGACUCCGCUGACGCAGAGGAAGACGACUCUGACGUCUGGUGGGGUGGAGCAGACACAGACUACACAGAUGGCGGUGAAGAUAAAGUGGUAGAAGUAGCAGAGGAGGAGGAAGUGGCUGACGUUGAGGAAGAAGAAGCUGAUGAUGAUGAGGAUGUGGAGGAUGGGGAUGAGGUGGAGGAGGAGGCUGAGGAGCCCUACGAAGAGGCCACAGAGAGAACCACCAGCAUCGCCACCACUACCACCACCACCACCGAGUCUGUGGAGGAGGUCGUCCGAGAGGUGUGCUCUGAACAAGCCGAGACCGGGCCAUGCCGUGCAAUGAUCUCCCGCUGGUACUUUGAUGUCACUGAAGGGAAGUGCGCCCCAUUCUUUUACGGCGGAUGUGGCGGCAACAGGAACAACUUUGACACGGAAGAGUACUGCAUGGCGGUGUGUGGCAGCGUCUCAACCCAAAGUUUACUCAAGACUACCCGUGAACAGCUUCCCCAAGAUCCUGUUAAACUUCCUACAACAGCAGCCAGCACCCCUGAUGCCGUGGACAAGUACCUGGAGACACCUGGCGAUGAGAAUGAACAUGCCCAUUUCCAGAAAGCCAAGGAGCGGCUGGAAGCUAAGCACCGGGAGAGGAUGUCCCAGGUCAUGAGAGAAUGGGAAGAGGCGGAACGUCAAGCAAAGAACUUGCCCAAGGCUGACAAGAAGGCUGUUAUCCAGCAUUUCCAGGAGAAAGUGGAAUCUCUGGAACAGGAAGCAGCCAACGAGAGACAGCAGCUGGUGGAGACACACAUGGCCAGAGUGGAGGCCAUGCUCAAUGACCGCCGCCGCCUGGCCCUGGAGAAUUACAUCACGGCUCUGCAGGCAGUGCCUCCAAGGCCUCAUCAUGUGUUCAACAUGCUGAAGAAGUAUGUCCGUGCGGAGCAGAAAGACAGACAGCACACCCUUAAGCAUUUUGAACACGUGCGCAUGGUGGACCCCAAGAAGGCUGCGCAGAUCCGGUCCCAGGUUAUGACACACCUCCGUGUGAUCUAUGAGCGCAUGAACCAGUCCCUGUCCCUGCUCUACAAUGUCCCUGCAGUGGCUGAGGAGAUUCAGGAUGAAGUUGAUGAGCUGCUUCAGAAAGAGCAGAACUACUCCGAUGAUGUCUUGGCCAACAUGAUCAGCGAACCCAGAAUCAGUUACGGAAAUGAUGCUCUCAUGCCAUCUUUGACCGAAACAAAAACCACCGUGGAGCUUCUUCCUGUGAAUGGGGAAUUCAGCCUGGAUGACCUCCAGCCAUGGCAUCCUUUCGGGGUGGACUCCGUGCCAGCCAAUACAGAAAAUGAAGUCGAACCUGUCGAUGCCCGCCCCGCUGCCGACCGAGGACUGACCACCCGACCAGGUUCUGGGCUGACAAAUAUCAAAACGGAAGAAAUUUCUGAAGUGAAGAUGGAUGCAGAGUUCGGACACGAUUCAGGAUUUGAAGUUCGUCAUCAAAAACUGGUGUUCUUUGCAGAAGAUGUGGGUUCAAACAAAGGUGCCAUCAUUGGACUCAUGGUGGGCGGCGUUGUCAUAGCAACAGUGAUUGUCAUCACCUUGGUGAUGCUGAAGAAGAAACAGUACACAUCCAUCCAUCAUGGCGUGGUGGAGGUUGACGCCGCGGUGACCCCGGAGGAGCGCCACCUCUCCAAGAUGCAGCAGAAUGGAUACGAGAAUCCAACCUACAAGUUCUUUGAGCAGAUGCAGAACUAGACCACCGCCACAGCAGCAGCCUCUGAACUUGGACAGCAAAACCAUUGCUUCACUACCCAUCGGUGUUCAUUUAUAAAAUAACGUGGAAAGAAACAAGCUCUUCUGUUUUAUUUACUCAUCAUUGCCUUUUGACAGCCGUGCUGUAACACAAGUAGAUGCCUGAACUUGAAUUAAUAUACAAAUCAGUAAUGGAUUCUCUUUCUCUCUUUACAUUCUGGUCUCUACACUACAUUAUUAAUGGGUUUUGUGUACUGUAAAAAAAAAAUUAGCUGUAUCAAACUAGUGCAUGAAUAGAUUCUCUCCUGAUUAUUUAUCAGACACAUACCCCCUAAGCCCGUUGUAUAUUAUUCUUGUGGUUUGUGACCCAAUUAACUCCUACUUGAAAUAUGCUUUAAAAAUCGAUGGGGGAUGCUUCGUGUGAGCGUGGGCGUUUAGCUGCUUCUCUUGUCUAAGCAUUCUUUUCCUGGUCACUAUGCAUUUUAAACGUUUUUAAGUAUUCCAAAUGAUUUUAGAAAUUUUUUUUCCAUGAAUGCAUUUUACUGUACAGAUUGCUGCUUCUGCUCUCUUUGUGGCAUAGGAUGCGAGGAUACACAUUGAUUUCUUUGUGCCUGUUUUAUGUGCACACAUUAGGCGUUGAGAAUUUGAACUUUUUUUUUGUCCAUGUAUCUUUGGAUCUUUGAUAAAAAAAUUAAAAAAAAAAAUCCCUGUUCAUCGUA